AUGCCAUACUACCGCUUUCAAUCAUAGACGAAGAUGACAGUAUAUGUGUAUUUCUAUCUUGUGCUCUGCGAUAUAACUGUUCAGAAACGCCUUGUGCUUCAACUAGGGAAGGCAAAGCCUUCCUCCGCGCAGACACGCACAGACACUUACAACGAGCUCUUUAGUGUCCAUACGUUGCCAGCAAAUCUCGAAAUGUCAUCCACCCGCCUUCCUCCUGUUGCUCCCAAAGACCUAUCCCCAGCCCAGAAGUCCCUCUAUGACGAGAUUCAGCGGAUCAUCGGCGACAAAUUCAGCACCGUCGUGAGCCACACAGCUGAAGGGGCCCUUCUCGGACCCUGGAAUUUCCUAAUCCACCAUCCGACUAUAGGCAAGGCACUGGUACCUCUCACUCAAGCCCUCCUGGUCCGGCCGGGCCAUCUGUCCCGUCCCGUGCGAGAAGUCGCCAUCCUGGCCGUCGGCGCCCACUAUCGAGCUGCUUAUGAGAUCUAUGCCCACACCCUCUUGGCUACGCCGCUUCUAGGAAUCGACACGGUGGCGGCUACUCUCGAUAGUCGAGUCCCGCCCAAACUAGACUCGGACGCGUUAUGCGCCUUGGAGGUGACUCGCUCGCUUCUUGCGGGUGGGCCACUGCCGGACCCUCUCUGGGAUAGGGCUGUCAAGGAGCUUGGGGUGGAAGGGGCGCAGGAACUUGUCUUCCUGGUGGGCUAUUACUGUCUGGUCUCCGUGGGGUUGAACGGGUUUGGGGUGCAGGUGCCUUCUACACGCUCAGCGAAAUUGUGA